AUGCCGGCCAAUCAAAGUCCAAUGAGCGACACAACGGAGGUCCAAUCGGGUAUUUCUGCCACUAUCUUUGAGCUUCAAGAGGCGUUCACUGCGCUGAGCAGCUGUACCACUGAAUUUGCAAAUUUUCAUCCAAAAUCUGACUCGACCCAACGGGAGAUAGAAGCGUGCAGCCGAAGAAUCCUUGAACACGAUCGCGAGAUGAAAGGAUUGUUGGACAAAACGAAAUCAGAACUUGUGGAUGAUAUCAAGCGUGCCGCUGAGGCAUCAGUAAGAGCCAAAAUUGUAAAUUUGGUCCGACAAGAAGUGAUGCGGCAGGUCAAAGAACAAGUUGAUGAACAAAUCAAGGAGCAUCUGCCAGAAAGUUUGCAGCAGCAGGCAGAUGAGGGUAAGCGACAAGUUGAAGAGAUGAAAAUUUCCCUGCGAAAUUCGUGA